GCUGCAGUAAAGGGAUAGUGAGCAUCACAUUCAUAAAUAUAUAAAGAGAGGACAUGGCCAGGUUGGAUGUCACAGAGGUUUUUCAUGGUAUUUCGUAUCCGGGGCACCUGCACACCCAGGAUUCCUUACAUCACGCUCUCAAGUUUCCGUUUCAAGACACGGAUGUCCUUAUUGUGUCCUAUCCAAAGUCAGGCACAACAUGGAUGCAAGAAAUUGUGACCCUCAUAUCCAGCAGAGGUGACCCACAUCUGUCCCAGAGUUCUCCAAACUGGACCAGAGCCCCCUGGUUGGAGCAAUACUACUGUGCAGAUUUGCUGAAGAGCUCAACCUCAACACCUCGAGUUCUGACUACACAUCUGCCCCAUGACCUGCUGGGCCCCGCCCUCCAGGAGUCCAAGGCCAGGAUCAUCUAUGUGAGCAGAAACCCUAAAGAUGUUCUGGUGUCCUUUUAUCACUUCCACAAGAUGGCCAACUUCCUCCCUGAUCCUGGCUCCUUUCCUGAGUUUUUGCAUCAGUUCUUGGAGGGAACAUUACACUUUGGCUCCUGGUUUGACCACAUUAAGGGUUGGACCAGUCAGGCUGCAGCUCUCAACCUGCUGCAUGUCACAUAUGAAGAGAUGUCAAAGGACCUGCGUGGGACCAUUAACAGGGUGAGCUCUUUCCUGCAGCGCCCUCUGCUGGAGCAUGAGCUCAAUAACUGUGUGAAACACUGCAGCUUCAGCUGCAUGAAGGACAACAAGAUGAUCAACUACAGCCUCAUUCCUGAUGAGAUACUGGAUCACAGCAAAGGCUGCUUCAUGAGGAAAGGUGAGAUUGGAGACUGGAAAAACAUGUUCACUGGGGAGCAGAAUCGAUACUUUGACACUGUGUUCAAGUCCAAGAUGCAGGACUGCAUUUUGAAGCUUGUGUGGGAAAAACCAGAAAACGAGGAAUCAGAGCUGAAAGACUGAAUCUCCAAAACAAAAGAGAUUUGUGAUAACUGUGUGAGAAAUCAUCCCAGAGAUGAUGAAAUCAUGUUCGUCUUAUAAACAUUUAUUACAUCCAAACAUUUUUAAAGGUUA